AACAGUCAACACGUCUUGUAAAUUUGUAGGUUCCAAGAUUGUAAUCAUUGUUGAAGUUUGUAGAAUUAUAUCUAAUUUAUGUGAAUUAAAAAAUAAACAUACACUAUCGCUAUAAAACCAAAAGAGUAAAAAGCAUGAUCUGAAAUACUAUAUACACACAAUGGCAACUUUACGAGAACGGCAACUAAAUGCCUUAAAACAGAUGCUUAAUUUGAAUGAACCUAUUACAAAAGCAGUUGCAACUGAACCAACAUGGAAAGUCCUUGUUUAUGAUAGAGUGGGUCAGGACAUUAUCUCUCCACUCAUUUCUAUUAAAGAACUUCGUGAAUUAGGAGUUACUUUACAUGUUCAACUGCAUUCAGAUCGAGAUCCUAUCCCAGAAGUGCCUGCAGUGUAUUUUUGCGCCCCUUCAGAAGAAAAUUUAGGCCGAAUAUGUCAAGACCUAGAUAAUGGAGUGUAUGACCAAUACCAUUUGAACUUCAUAUCACCCAUAACAAGACAGAAACUUGAAGAUCUUGCUGCUUCCGCUAUUCAAUCAAACUCUGUUAUGAGUAUUCACAAAAUAUAUGAUCAGUAUUUGAACUUCAUUUGCUUAGAAGAUGACUUAUUCAUAAUGAAACAUCAAAAAUCGGACUCUUUAUCAUAUUAUGCUAUCAAUAAAGGUGACACAAAGGAUACAGAAAUGGAAGCGAUCAUGGAUGAUAUUGUUGAGAGCCUUUUUUCGGUUUUUGUUACAUUAGGUAAUGUCCCAAUAAUAAGAAGUAGCAAAGGGAAUGCUGCGGAGAUGGUAGCCAAAAAAUUAGAUAAGAAAUUACGAGAGAAUCUGUGGGACGCAAGGAACAAUCUGUUUCAUGGCAAUGCGGGCCAGAGUGGCGCUUUCAGUUUUACAAGGCCAAUGUUGAUAUUGUUAGACAGAAAUAUUGACAUGGCUACACCAUUGCAUCACACCUGGACAUAUCAGGCUUUGGCACAUGAUGUGCUUGAUUUAUCUCUAAACAGGGCAGUAGUUCCAGAGAGCUCUGGGCCGGCUUUGCCUGAUCAGAAAAUUAAAACCAGGACUUGUGAUUUGGACUCCAAGGAUCCUCUGUGGACCGAGCACAAGUGUAGCCCAUUCCCUACCGUGGCUGAAGCUAUACAGGAAGAUCUAGAAAAAUACAGGAGUUCAGAGGCUGAAGUGAAAAUAUUAAAGAGUUCAAUGGGCCUGGAUGCAGACAGUGACCUAGCUCUCAGUAUGGUUAGUGACAACACACAGAGACUCACCAGUGCUGUCAACUCGCUGCCCCAGCUCAUGGAGAAGAAGCGGCUCAUCGAUAUGCACACAACCAUUGCUACAGCAAUACUCAAUGCAAUCAAAUCGCGGCGACUCGAUUCUUUCUUUGAAUUGGAAGAGAAAAUAAUGAGCAAAAGUGGCGUCGAGAGCAAGUCGGUGAUUGAUCUGAUUGUGGACAGCAGUGCGGGGACUGCUGAGGACAAGAUGCGUCUGUUCAUCAUAUACUACAUGUGUAGUGGCCAACUUACCGAGGACGAGUAUAAGAAGUUCGAAUCUGCUUUGAUUGCGGCUAACUGUGACGUCAAACCCAUGGCCUACAUAAAGCGGUGGAAAAGCUUCACAAAGAUGUCUAGUCACUACGAAGGAGGUGGUACAAAAACAGUAUCCAUGUUCUCCAAGCUUGUAUCACAGGGGUCUUCCUUUGUUAUGGAAGGUGUCAAGAAUCUGGUUGUCAAAAAACAUAAAUUGCCAGUCAGUCGGACUGUUGAAGCGGCUUUGGGGGCUACUGGUAACGACACGGACCUGACCUGGUUGGACCCUCGGACCGCUAGGACUGAUGCUGCGGCCCGUUCCAGGGGUACGAGACAGGCGCCUCCUUCUGAUGCCAUCGUAUUCGUCAUUGGCGGAGGCAGCUACAUAGAAUACCACAACUUGAUUGAAUUAGUUAAGCAACAAGCUUCCAGCGGGGCCCCAAGAAAACUGAUCUAUGGUGCAACAACGUUACCAAAUGCUUCACAAUUUUUAAAACAACUGUCGCUACUGGGAGAGGAAAUCUAAUGAACAUUCCGUGUUUGAUAAGUUUAAUUGAAUGGAAGUAAAUGAAUCGCAAUGUAUAAAUAUUUUAUGAAAUAAAAACAUAUUUAUUAAAUU